CGAUCUGCAGGUGAACAGUUCAACCUCGACCUCGCUGUUUCCCUGUGACACUUUCCGUGGAUUAUCUGCAGGAGUGGGAACGAUGCGCUUUACGUGCAAAAGAGAGAAGUUGCAUUUAGGAUUUUAGGACUUAUAUACGGGACGUGGCAUCCGAAGUGCGCGUCUGGAUCUGAAGGCGAACAAGAAGAUUUGAAUAGGCGUCAGUGCGGGCGUAACGCUCCUCCAGGCAGCCACCUUGCUCCUUGGUCCUUGGGCCUCAGAGAAGAAAUAAGAGUUUUCGGACAUCCUUCAUCAUGGUGCAAACAGACGACUUCCAGGCUGAGCGAGGAUUGAGGACCAAGGAAUGAUGAAAUAAGGGAAUUGGGAUUCACCUAAUGUGUAAAAUCUCAGUUAAUGCACCUUUAAACAAUGCAUGCUGGGAAAUAUGCUAGUUUUGUUCAUUAGAAAAUUAAUGAAUUGAGUGAACUCGCUACAGUUCAUUCAUUCAUCUCAUCAUUUCAAGUCAAAAGACCUCAAUUCAGAAAAGCUGUUCAUUAUCCAAGGCUUGUAAACCUGAUAUGUGUACACCUAAUGAGACAGUAACCUGAGAUCCCAUCCUGAGGAAAACCAGGAUGCAUCCCAUUGUGUCACAGCUUUUAGGCAAGGCCAAUGUUGGAGGCAGCCACUGUGAACCUGCCACUGCUACCUUGCUUCUCCUCUUGUGUUUUGGCUUUCCUCCCUCCGUGGCUACUUGUCCAUUCUACUGCCUUUGUGCCAGUGAUAUCAUUUCCUGCAGUGGCCACAAUCUGUCUCGGCUGCCCUCUGAUGUUCCAAGCUAUGCCACACGGUUGGACCUGAGCCACAAUGCCCUCACCGUCCUGCCUGUGGCCUGGAUUCCUCAACCAUUAAACUGGCUUGCUACACUUGUUCUCAGCCGAAACUCCAUAAAUCGAAUUGAAAUGAAUGCCUUCACUGUCACGCCACAUCUCCUUCAUCUGGACCUCUCAUCCAACCAAAUAACAGUACUGAACUCAUCCAUCUUCACUGGGCUAAAGGAUCUGAAAGAGCUGCUGCUAUUUGGCAACCAGAUUGUCCAGAUCAACCCAGGAGCCUUCAGUGACCUUCACAACCUGCAGAGGCUCUAUCUCUCUGGGAACAGACUGACAAUUUUCCCACUGGGCCUUUAUUUUGAACCUGGAGGGCCUCGUAACCUGACCUUUCUUGAUCUGUCGCACAACAGGCUCUCCGAGGUGCCGAUCCAGAGUUUGCUGUCUCUCACUCGCCAAAGUGGAAUUUAUUUGCAGGAAAACCCUUUGGUUUGUGACUGUGCUUUUCUUGCCUUGCUGGAGUAUUGGAUCUGGAAACAGUAUCACCCUCUGGUAGACUUCAAAGGUAAAUACCCAUGUAGGCAUGAUUCAGGACCAGGCCUUAUUUGUAGCCAGCAGGGAGUGUUGGAUAUGCCCAGUGAGGUGCAGACUUACCAAGUAGAGCCUGGUAAGUGGCUGAUAGUGCCAUGUCCAGGACUAGCAUCCUCAGCCAAGGAAAGGCUUGUGGUGUUUUGGGUUACCCCAAGGACUGUGGUGACUUCAUCAACCAAUGAUCUGAGCGCCCACAUAGUAGUUCUCCCCAAUGGCACCCUUGAAGUUCGAGGAGCACUCAUAGAGGAUUCUGGUACAUAUGGGUGUGUGGCAGCCCGUGGGCGACAUUAUGACCCCUACGAGUCAGUGGAAGUUAAUGUGGUGGUUGGAAAUUUGAGCACUGUCUCUGCCAGCGGUUUGGCACAUCGCAGCAGCACUCUGCAUUUCAACACUGCAUUCACCACCCUUGUUUCCUGUGUGGUUAGCAUAAUUUUGGUGUUGCUAUACCUCUACCUCACUCCUUGUCGAUGCCAGAAAAACCAGGGAGGGGGCUCAAAAGGGUGCGGCAGACGAGCCUUUAGCCUUUGUUCGGACCCCAGAGAGGUAGAGUUAGGACAGCGGCGGUCGAAUGGAAAGAGGGUGGCUUUCUUGGAGCCUCAGGCAGAAAACUCUAAAUUUGGCAGCCCAAAAACAUCACCAGUAAACUUGGGUCAUAUUACCACUGAGGGAAUUCUCAAGAAUGGAAGUAGGACAGUGGGGCUGACAUUCAUAGACCCUGCUCAGAUGGCAUAGCAAGAAAUGUACCUUUUACAUGUUUUUUUUCUGUCUCGUUUCAGUACAUGAUAAAAAAAAUCCUUUUGAUGUUAAGUAGUAUACUGUGAUUUAUGUGAACUAGUUAUGCACUGUGGGUUUUGGGUGUUUGGUCUGAGGCAAAAUUUCAAUUAUGUAUAAUGAAAAUUGUGUCUAUUUUUAUGUUGAGGUCAUAUUGAAAUUUCACAGUUACCAUGGGAAAUUUAUACUGCAAAGAUGACAAAGACCAUAUAUGUAAAUGUGGGUGGUUUUUCAUAUUUGGCCAAGUGGAAUAGUCACAGCUGAUUUAAUAAGACAUUAGAGGCAUUGAUGGUUAUUACACAGUAUAUGCAUUGUGAAUACAGCCAUCACAGUGACCCUUGUUGUUUCUAACCAUCUGUCUCCUACUGGGGAGCAUAUCAUAUGAAAAACACCAGUCGUGUGUGAAAUGAUCUGAACUUCAAUGUUUGACAGAUCAAACUGUGUCUUCUACAUGAUAUGUUAAUCAAAGAGAACCUUGUGAAAGUUCCCUUGUAAAAAAUACAAAGUGAGACAUAUGGUAGCUUAUUGUGUUACUAUAAUGUAAAAACCUGCAAAAUGAAAAUACAGACUUAGGUUUAGUCAGAAUCAGAAUCAGUUUUAUUGGCUAAGUGUGUUGCACUCAUGAGGAAUUUGACUGCGGUACAGUGGCUCAGUGGUUGCUGAGCCAAACCAAACAGUAAUGGAAAUGCAGAGAACAGAUUUAAUGAUUCCUCUAAAACUAUCAGCGGUUCCAGGGCAGGUUGAACUUCUUGAGCAGGAAGUACAUCCUCUGCUGUGCCUUCUGAUAGUGAUAGUGCUGAUGUUGCACAUUCACUUCAGAUCCUAGGAGACAGUGGAGCCCAGGAACUUGAAGGACUUUACUGCUGAUACAGUGCUACUGAGUAAAGCUUUUUUCCCUCUUGUGCACAUGUUGGUCACUACUUUUUCAAGUGGAAAGAAGUACACUAAAUGAAGUGUGUUGUAAUGGCAGUGAGGACACAAGGAAGCCUUCAUACUUUCAUAGGCAACAGACUAAUGACAGGUGUUUGGAUAGAGGCUUCAGGUAGUGAUGAUCCCAUUGUGACCAAUUUAAACAUCCCUCGCCACUCACUGUGACAGGCUGCUUUUCACAGGGCAGCAUAGGGACAUUUGGAGAGUGUUGCAGUGUAACAUUUCCAGUUAGCAUAUUAGAAUAAGUGGUCACAUCACUGAAUAAUAUAAUAUUAAAUAUUAUUAUGAAUGCAACAAUUAAUAUUAUGAGCUACUGAAAAUAGUAGCAUGUUUGUAUUGGUAUUUUAAAUAUUAGAAUUUCUACAAAUAUAAAUUAUAGCCUCCUAAUUCCUUGCUGUUUUUUUUUUUAUUUUUUUAUUGAAUCUGAAGAGAAACUCCACCAAUAUUAUGCAUAAUCCUGAGGAUCUCAUCAAAAUUAUGUCAGGCUGGGCUUCAACGCUACACAUUUAUGCCAGUAAACCUGCAUUACAAAGUCGAUGUCAUAUAGGUGACAAUCUGACAAGCAGCUUAAUGGCAGAUGCUGUUGAGCUGCAUUAUGGUAAUUGUAAGAUUUUUGAGCUUAACCCCUAGUAGGAAUAAAAAGAGUACUUUCAUAUUCUUCUUUUAAAUCUGGCUUUUAUGAGGUUUUUGUCCCAAUCAAGCAUCUAGUGUGCAAAAACUGCUUGUAUGCAUCUCUUUGAUUUGAUAUUUCAGUUAAGCUGACUUCUGUGAUCUUCCUCAACUGUAACAAAAUAGCGUCUGAGAUACUUUGUGUGUCAUUUGUUGAUCACCCAUCAAUGUUAGCAUUAGCCACGGUAAAUACAGACAUCAGAAACCUGUUUAUUUCCAAUCUUUUGUUGAUUGCCAGAUGAAAGGCUUGGGACUUUUGUGAUCUGCCAACUCACUGUUGGGCCUCUGUGCUGUCCCUGAGAGUUGUUGCUAUGCAUCUUAAAGUGGCUCAUGAGAUACAGAUGGUCUGGGUGUUAGUCUGGCUCUGUCUUUUCUGGGGUUUUUUUCAUGCUUCUUUUUAAAUGUCUUAUGGAUAUUUGGUUGGAAAAAAAAUGGCUAUAUCCAUGCGAUAGCAUUAGUUAGCAUUAGUUAAUCUAAUGAAGUUGUAGUUAGUUGCAAUUGUGCACAGUCCAUGUUAUGGGAGCACAUCACUGGACCACACUGAGCCUAUCCUGAUUGAUGUUAAAUUGAACCUAUUAUCUCUAUAGUGU